CUUCUUUUACAAAUUUCCAUUAUAUGUGUUUCUGGUCUUCUCUGUGGAUUUUUUUUGUCUCAAGCUAUAUAAGCUUCCCUACUUUGAAACCGACGAUGAUUAUAUAUAUUAUCCCUAAUUCUUCUUUUUCUACUUCUAUUUAUUCCUCUUCCUUGAUCUUUCUAAAGCAUCCACAUCCAUCAUGGGUGAAGAUGAUAUAGUGGAACUCUUAUGGAAGAGCGGCCAACUCGUUCGAACCACCCAAACACAGAGACCUUCCUCCGAUAAACCCUCUUCUCCUCCACCCGUUCUCCGCGGUAGUGGAAGCGGCGGGGGAGAUGAAAAUGCUCCACUUCCGCUUCCGCUUCCACAGCCUCCACCUCCCCUGCAUCAUCAGAAUCUCUUCAUUCAGGAAGAUGAAUUGUCUUCCUGGCUUCACAAUUUUUACCCCGGCGUCACGUCCACCCCGGCUACUCAUCCCCAAAGUUCUGUCUCCCUGCCACCACCAUCCAAUGCUCCGGGUGAAGAUGAUGUGGUGGAGCUCUUAUGGAAAAGCAGCCAAGUCGUUCAAUGCAGCCAGACACAGAGAUCCAUUCCUCCUCCCAUUUUCCGCGGCAGCGGAAGCAGGAGCGGUGAAGAAACUGCUCUCCCUCCGCCUCCCCUGCAUCCUUCUCAGCAGAUUCUCUUUAUCCAGGAAGACGAAAUAGCGUCUUGGCUUUACCAUCCUCUCCUCCAAGAUUAUCUUUCCUCCGGCGUCACUUCUACUCCGGCUACUCACCGACAAGGUUCCGUCUCUCUGGCACCACCACCACCACUCAGUGCUCCGUACGGUCAGAUUACCGCUGCCAGAAGGACAGAUAAUUUUAUGAACUUCUUGAGGCUUAAAGGGAACAUACUUACCGGCGGUAGAGUUGAAGCUGGGCCGGUGGUGAUAGAAUCGACGCAGGUAGGCUCAAGCGCGACCCCGUCGUCUUCAGCCACUGAAUCCUGUGUAAUACCAGUGACUCACGGCACCGAGAGUCGAGCAACGGUCAUUGGCGGAGUAUCCCGUACUUUUGCAGUUCCCGGUUUUGGUAGGAGGGGAAAGGCGGUGGCGAUCGAUACGGCUGGAACAUCAUCUUCGGGGGUAUGCAAGGCCGAAACAGAGCCGGUUCGAAUACAACCGGAGACUGAGACGGAAAUUGCCGAAGACAGGAAGCAAAAGGAGAGAGAAGAAACCAUUGUCGAAAUCCAGGGAACUGAAGAAGCUCGUGGUUCAACGUCUAGGAAGAGGUCACGAGCUGCAGAAAUGCAUAACCUCGCCGAAAGGAGAAGGAGAGAAAAGAUCAACGAGAAGAUGAAGACUCUGCAAGAACUCAUUCCUCGCUGCAACAAGUCUACUAAAGUUUCAACGCUGGAAGAUGUUAUCGAGUACAUGAAAUCACUACAGAUGCAAAUACAGAUGAUGUCGAUGGGUCAUGGUAUGAUGCCACCGAUGAUGAAUGCUGAGAAUAUGCAACAGUUCAUGCCCCACAUGGCCAUGGGGAUGAACCGGCCUCCUCCAUUCAUACAUUUCCCUGGCACAGCUUUUCCUAGGCCGGGUCAUAUGGCAGGUGUAGGUCCAUCAUAUCCAGCAUCGCGCUACCCUUUUCCAAACACACAAGCUUCUGACCCACCCAGAGUCCAAUUACCAAGUCUGGAGACUGAUAACCCGGUGCCAAACCAGCCUCUAUUUCCGGCUUACAUGAAUCCUUAUAGCCAGUUUGUUGGUCUCCACCAGAUGCAACAACCUCCUCCUCCAUUGCAGAGUCAAACAACAUCACAGCUGAGUUUCGGCCAAGCAGGUACUAGCAAGGGACCUGAGGAUAACCAACCAACAGGUUAGUAAGAAACGGGGAAUGAAGAGUUUUCUUGCGAGAAUAAGUUAAUGGUCAAGAUUCUGACAGAUGCAUAUCUCCAUUGUGUUAGGUUGAUCUAGUGGAGUUAAAAAGGAUCUGUUCUCCAAGAAAAUCACAAUUUUGAAGGCGCUAACAUGUAAAUGCUUUGUCUGUUUAAGGUUAAAGUAGGUCCUUUUUCCAUUUUUGUAAAUGUCAGAACCUGGAAUCUAGGGGUGUACGUAGGGGGUCAAUAUAAACAGGCUGGUGGGCAGGAGAAGAGAGAUGUUAGUAGUGCAUCCAUCACACCUAAUUUCUCCCUUUGCUAGCA